AUGCAUCGACAACGCCUUCACAUAGCGAUUACAUUGGUGAGGCGAUUCAAAUCAACGAAGGAAAGCAUGGAUGUUACAUAUUAUAUACCUCCGAAAACAUUUCGUCCCGCAUAUUAUCAUCCGAUGAAACCAUUCGAACGUAAACCACCCGAUCCAUUCCCUCCAUUUCCAAAUAAAGGAGAUUCGAGUGGUAUGGGACCACGUUUGUACGAUUACCAGAUAAUGAGCGAACUUGUACGUAGUUUACCCAGUGCUUCGGAACGGAUUGAUUUUGUCAAUCCAUAUGAACGUGAAUUCACUUUACGUGAGAAACGUUUCCAUCGACCAUGGCAGGCGCAGUUGUUAAAAACGCGAAAAGCAUGGAGAAUACCAUCGUUCCCAAACUAUUUCGACCCAUUAAGUUUUUAUCAAUAUAUCACCAAAACAAGAUGUAUAGAAGGAUUAAAUGAAUGGUACGAUGAACCUGCUUUAAUUCUUGCAAGGGGUUCCGAGGAUCGUUUAGGUGAAAUGUUAAAAUUGCAUUUGGAAUCAUCGAAUGUUGACAGCGAGCAAGAAAGGACUACGAGAAUUUUGAGAAGUUUUCUGGAUUUGUUGAUUGAAAAUACGAUUCAAAGCGGGAUGUAUACUUGUUUAGCACAUCAGAGGAUAUCUCAUACAUCUCGAUGCGAGUCAUUCUGGAUUCGUUGUGGAUUUGAUGCUCUUUACGAAAAUAUAGACCGAUAUAGACAUCGAGGCGAUAACAGAGCAAAGCUUGGUGAACUUGCUUUCGUCAUGAGAGAUGAAUUUGCAACACAGCUGCGAACAAAACAUCCAUUGAAGCCUUUAAUGUCAUUUUGGGAUAAGGAAGUUACGAAGCCGUUGUUCGAUCCCACAUUUAAUAUUAAAGAUGAAUUAAUAUAUUCACCUGCUAUGUUUGGAAUGACAGCUGAUGCAGAUCCAUUAUGGCAGUGUCCGGGAUAUGAACCUGACUGUGGUGAAGAAUACAAAUAUGGUCAUAUAGGAUUUAAACAAUUCAAUGAUUUGGAUAUUUAUUGCAAAAGAUGGAAAGUGAAAGGUAAGGAAGAGGAAACAGUUCGCAAUGAAUGUCUUCGAGCUUCUGCUGUUGUAUCGCUCUUCUCUUGGCUAAAUUCUCAGGCUCAUGCAUUGGGUUUCACACAAUACAAUGAUAUCGAAUAUCCGCUUGUAUCGCAGUUAGUAAUGUCCGAUGGGAAGCAAUUUUUCUUUGCUAUAGCUCAACUGAACACUUUACUUAUUAAUGUUGAUAUUGAGGGAAUAAUAAAUAAACGUUCCAAUUUAUGCUAUGUGGAAGGACCUGUAAAUCUCUAUGACCGAUAUGAUCGCGAUAAGGGUAUAUUUGAAUUUGGUGAAAUCAAUACCGAUAGAGAAGUAAGCAGUUUUAAUCCACACGUACUCGGUCGCAUGAUGCAAAUGCUUGUGAGGGAUAUGCCAUUAAAGACAGAAAUGACGGGUGAUUCGAUAGAAAUAUCAAAAUAUAUUCCUGUAACGUUUGAUGGUAUUCCAUAA